AUGUUAUGUAAGAACAAAGGGAUAAAUACUAAAAUUACUAGUAGUAGUAGUAGUAGUAGUAGUAGUAGUAGUAGUAGUAGUAGUAGUAGUAGUAGUAGUAGUAGUAGUAGUAGUAGUAGUAGUAGUAGUAGUAGUAGUAGUAGUAGUAGUAGUAGUAGUAGUAGUAGUAGUAGUAGUAGUAGUAGUAGUAGUAGUAGUAGUAGUAGUAGUAGUAGUAGUAGUAGUAGUAGUAGUAGUAGUAGUAGUAGUAGUAGUAGUAGUAGUAGUAGUAGUAGUAGUAGUAGUAGUAGUAGUAGUAGUAGUAGUAGUAGUAGUAGUAGUAGUAGUAGUAGUAGUAGUAGUAGUAGUAGUAGUAGUAGUAGUAGUAGUAGUAGUAGUAGUAGUAGUAGUAGUAGUAGUAGUAGUAGUAGUAGUAGUAGUAGUAGUAGUAGUAGUAGUAGUAGUAGUAGUAGUAGUAGUAGUAGUAGUAGUAGUAGUAGUAGUAGUAGUAGUAGUAGUAGUAGUAGUAGUAGUAGUAGUAGUAGUAGUAGUAGUAGUAGUAGUAGUAGUAGUAGUAGUAGUAGUAGUAGUAGUAGUAGUAGUAGUAGUAGUAGUAGUAGUAGUAGUAGUAGUAGUAGUAGUAGUAGUAGUAGUAGUAGUAGUAGUAGUAGUAGUAGUAGUAGUAGUAGUAGUAGUAGUAGUAGUAGUAGUAGUAGUAGUAGUAGUAGUAGUAGUAGUAGUAGUAGUAGUAGUAGUAGUAGUAGUAGUAGUAGUAGUAGUAGUAGUAGUAGUAGUAGUAGUAGUAGUAGUAGUAGUAGUAGUAGUAGUAGUAGUAGUAGUAGUAGUAGUAGUAGUAGUAGUAGUAGUAGUAGUAGUAGUAGUAGUAGUAGUAGUAGUAGUAGUAGUAGUAGUAGUAGUAGUAGUAGUAGUAGUAGUAGUAGUAGUAGUAGUAGUAGUAGUAGUAGUAGUAGUAGUAGUAGUAGUAGUAGUAGUAGUAGUAGUAGUAGUAGUAGUAGUAGUAGUAGUAGUAGUAGUAGUAGUAGUAGUAGUAGUAGUAGUAGUAGUAGUAGUAGUAGUAGUAGUAGUAGUAGUAGUAGUAGUAGUAUAGUAGAUCUUUUAUUGACUUUGAUAAAAAAGAGCUAGUCAUACUGUCAAACUUCUCAAACCGAAGUGGGUGAAUAGUACUUAAACCUGUGUCUGGUGAAUGAGUGGUAGUGCAAAGUAAACAAUAUCAGGAAAAAAACUACAAUGUGAUUGACAAACUUUACAUUACGCAGAAAUGUAUACUCGAAAAUAAACGAAUAAUUAUUCCUGUUCGAUUUAAUUUUGAUGCGAGUUGUACUUUCAUGUUUCGUGAUCGUUGAACA